ACCUGUCCUCGCCGGAAGUUGACAGUUAGCAUCUCAGCCAGUUUACGUUCCCGGUGAGACUGUGGAGCGUCCAGGUGUAAAAAUGUUACCUUUAUCGAUCAAAGAUGAUGAGUACAAACCGGCCAAGUUCAACCUGCUGGUCAAACUGUCCGGGUGGUUCAGGUCGAUUUUAGCUGAUAAAACCUCCAGGAAUCUCUUCUUCUUCCUCUGCCUCAACCUCUCCUUCGCCUUCGUGGAGUUAACCUACGGCAUCUGGAGUAACAGUUUAGGUCUCAUCUCAGACUCCUUCCACAUGUUUUUUGACUGCACCGCCCUGCUGGCCGGCCUGGCAGCGUCCGUCAUCUCCAGGUGGAGGUCCAAUGACAGCUUCUCCUACGGCUACGUCAGAGCCGAGGUUCUGGCCGGCUUCGUCAACGGACUCUUCCUCAUCUUCACCGCUUUCUUCAUCUUCUCAGAAGGAGUGGAGAGAGCCUUGGAGCCGCCAGACGUUCACCACGAGCGGCUGCUUCCUGUUUCUGUGGCCGGCCUGCUGGUCAACCUGGUCGGGAUCUUCGUCUUCCAGCAUGGAGGACACGGACACUCGCACGGGGACGGAGGUCAUGGUCACAGCCACUCUCUGUUCAACGGCAGCCUGAGCCACGGACACGGAGGACACGGAGGACAUGGGGGACAUGGAGGACAUGGACACAGCCACGAUGGACAUGGACACAGCCACGAUGGACAUGGGGGACAUGGACACAGCCAUGACAAACACGGAGAUCAUGGACAUGGUCACGAGGGACACGGACAUGGACGACACGAGGACUGUCACAACGAGCUUCAGCGCCCAGGAGAAGGAUCCAGCAAGCAGAUCCUACAGGGCGUCCUCCUCCACAUCAUCGCCGACACUCUGGGCAGCAUCGGCGUCAUCAUCUCCGCCCUCCUGAUGCAGAAGUACGACCUGAUGAUCGCCGACCCCAUCUGCUCCAUGCUGAUCGCCCUCCUCAUCGGCGUCAGUGUUGUGCCGCUGCUGAAGGAGUCCAUCGGUAUCCUGAUGCAGAGAACGCCGCCGUCGCUCGACAACGCCCUGCCAGAAUGCUACCAGAGGGUGCAGCAGCUGCAGGGAGUCUACAACCUACAGGAGCCUCACUUCUGGACGCUGUGCACCGACGUUUACAUCGGGACGUUAAAGCUGCUGGUGGCGCCGGACGCAGACACCCGCUGGAUCCUCAGCCAGACGCACAACAUCUUCACUCAGGUCGGCGUCAGACAGCUGUACGUUCAGAUCGACACGGCCGCCAUGUAGAAGCUCCGCCUCCUCCCAUCCUGGGACCAAUCAGUCAUCUGCUGCAGGGUGACCUUUGACCCCUCUGCAGAAGGGAGGGGCGGGGGGACACAAAGAACUGAUGAACUCAAACGCCCCACCCACGUUGCUGGUUUUAUAAAUAAUUAACUGGGUUUGGUGGGCGACUUGUCCGCCUUGCUCCUCCUGCCCUUCUCUUUGUUUGUAGCAAAGGAUUCUGGGUAAGUGCCUUCAUCAGAGACAAUCUGAGCCCCUCCCACUUAUUGGUGGCAUCACAGCUGGUGUCUGCUGAUUGGCUCCGUGUCGUGUCACCGGGUUUUUUCCGUUUUUUUUACUGUGCCAAACCAUGUGACCAAAUCAUGUGACCUGUUAGUGGGAUUUUUUUAAACUGUAAUAAAUCAAUUUCUCUGCUCAGUUA